AUGAUAAUUGAAUCCAUCAGAGCAGAUGAGAUCUCCAAAGAAACAGAUGGUAGUAGAGAGGGAGAAGAGAAGUGGACCCAGGACAGAGACUUUGGGGACAUUUGUGGGCCUGAUGGGCGUGAAGAUCUUGCAAAGGAGACUGAGGAGAGGGACUUCUCCAACAUCCGGCCCCAACCCGAUUGGUGCUGCGGGCAGACCUCGUUCAGUUGCAGGAACUCAGGAAAGUCUGGACGGACGGUCGGUGGGAUGCAGCAGGCAGUGGGUACAAUGGGACGCCGACUCGGGGCUAGCCCUCCUCGCUUCUUCGUCUUCGUCUUCCUCCUCUUCCUCCUCGUGUGGGUGCCCACAGCUCGGGGUCAGCCCUCUCGUCGGAGUCGCCGCCAGCUGCGGCUGCGGACGCCGGGGGGCAGCCCAGGGACCAGCCUCGGUGCGCCUGGUUAUUCGAGGGCUAGCGAUCCCCAAGUCUCGCGCGGAGGUGGCAGCAGGAGCCCUGAUGUCUGCAGGAGUCGACCUCUGGACCUGGUAUUUAUCAUUGACAGCUCACGCAGCGUGCGACCUCAGGAAUUCACCAAAGUGAAGAACUUCGUCACCAAAAUUAUUGACAGCCUGGACAUUGGGGUGGCUGCCACUCGGGUAGCCCUGGUGAACUAUGCCAGCACUGUGAAAAUUGAGUUUAAUCUCCAGACCUAUUCUGACAAGGCACAGGUCAAGCAGGCAGUGUCCCGGGUCAUCCCACUGUCCACAGGCACCAUGUCAGGCCUGGCUAUCCAGACAGCCAUGGACGAAGCCUUCAGUGUAGAGGCCGGAGCCCGUGCUGCCGUGUCCAGCAUCCCCAAGGUGGCCAUUAUGGUGACCGAUGGCCGGCCGCAAGACCAGGUAGAGGAGGUGGCAGCACGGGCCCGAGCAUCUGGCAUUGAGAUCUAUGCUGUGGGUGUGGACCGGGCAGAUAUGCAGUCGCUGAGGACAAUUGCCAGUCAACCGCUCGAUGACCAUGUAUUUUACGUGGAGACCUACGGGGUGAUCGAGAAAGUGACCUCGAAGUUCCGGGAAACUUUCUGUGCUCUGGACCAGUGUGCACUAGGCACCCAUCAGUGUGAGCAUGUCUGUGUAAGUGAUGGAGAUGGUGCCCAUCACUGUGAAUGCAGCCAAGGAUACACCUUGAAUGAAGACCAGAAAACUUGCUCAGCUGUCGAUAGGUGUGCCUUGAACACCCACGGGUGUGAGCACAUCUGUGUGAAUGACCGUGCCGGUGCCUACCACUGCGAGUGCUAUGAAGGCUACCUCCUGAAUGAAGACAAGAAAACGUGCUCAGCUCAGGAUAAGUGUGCUCUGGGCACGCACGAGUGUGAGCACAUCUGUGUGAGCCAUAGGGCCGGGGGCCACCACUGCGAGUGCUACGAAGGUUACGUCUUGAAUCGGGAUCAGAAGACGUGUUCUGCCCGUAAUCAGUGUGCUCAGGGCACCCACCGUUGUGAGCACCUCUGCGUCAGCGAUGGGCCUGGGGCCUACCACUGUGAGUGCCACCCAGGGUACAACCUGAACCAGGACGGGAGAUCUUGCUCAGCCACUGAAGAAGCCCAGAGUCUAAUCUCCACUGAAGAUGCCUGUGGCUGUGAAGCCACACUGGCCUUCCAGGAGAGGGUCACCUCCUACCUCCAGAGACUUUCAUCCAAGCAUAUCCUUUCCCUCACCUUCCUCAGCAUUCCUGCCUAUUACGUAAAGAUUCACAUGCUGCACCUAAGCCAGCCAGUCGCUCAUUGUGUUGCUCUUCUCCUGCUGCUCCUGGGACCCUUCUACCUGGAGGAGGAGGAGACAGGAGCUUGGCUGGGACUUAGGGGAGAGAUGUCUGAGUUGGGCUUGCUGGCGUGUGCUGCCCAUGCUGGGGAGAGGCGACAGCCAGUGCUGUGA